AUGUCGGGAACAACUCAGCCCAAGCCGUUGCCGUUCUAUGCGCAGUUCACCGCCGGUGCCAUCGCCGGUGUCACCGAGCUGCUGUGUUUGUAUCCGCUCGAUGUGGUCAAGACGCGCAUGCAGCUGCAGGGCAAAGCCGAACUGCCUGGUCAGGAGCGAUACAAUGGCAUGGUGGAUGCUUUUCGCAAGAUCAUCAAGUCUGAAGGUGCUGGACGAUUGUACCGUGGGUUGGUGCCACCUCUGAUGCUCGAGGCACCUAAGCGUGCGGUCAAGUUUGCGGCCAACGAUUUUUGGGGCAAGACAUACAAGUCGCUCACGGGCCAGGAGAAGAUGACGCAGUCGCUUUCGGUUCUCACUGGAUGCUCUGCCGGAGCCACCGAGUCGAUUGUGGUUGUGCCGUUCGAGCUGGUCAAGAUCAGGCUGCAGGACAAGGCGCAAGCGCACCUCUACACGGGACCCAUGGAUGUGGUUCGCAAGAUCAUCCAAGCCGAUGGUCUUCUCGGCCUCUACGCUGGCUUGGAGUCGACGUUCUGGAGGCAUGUUCUGUGGAACGGCGGAUACUUUAGCGUGAUCCACGCGCUGCGUGCACAGAUGCCCAAGCCCCAGAGCAAGGGCGAACAGCUGCGCAACGAUUUCUUCUGCGGCGCUAUCGGCGGUACCAUCGGCACCGUACUCAACACCCCCGCCGACGUGGUCAAGAGCAGGAUCCAGAACACCCCCAACGUUAAAGGCGUGCCGAGAAAGUACAACUGGACCUUCCCCAGUAUGGCCAUGAUCGCCAAGGAGGAGGGUUUCGGUGCGCUCUACAAGGGCUUCACGCCCAAGGUGCUCAGACUGGCCCCCGGUGGUGGUGUCCUGUUGCUGGUCGUGGAGGUCGUGCUGCAGCAGUUCCGAACCGCUCUUGGCCCUCCGUACAUCUAA